UUUAGUUAAAAAAGAUUUGGUUUAUAAUAAAUUAUUUAUUAAAUAUUAUAGUAGAUCAUAGGAAGAGCUAAGAGUUAGAAUAAUACUUAAAAUUUAUACAAAAAUAAUACUAAUCACUUGGAUAAAAUGAUUGAAAAAUACGAUGGACGUCGUUAAAAUUAUUCAAGACAAAACAACAAAAAUAAUAUGCUUGAAUCUUAUCAUGGUUCUAAUUCUGCUAAUCAAAUUAGCAGAAAAAACGAAGCGUAAUUAUGCAGAAAUGAUGCUGUUGACAUAUUUUCCAUGCAUAACUAAAUGAUUAAGAGCAUGGAUUAAAGAUUUGAAUAAAUGCAUAACAAAAUGAUGAAAAAUUUUGAAAGUUCUUUUGGGGGUUUUGGGAUUGGUGGUAUUUUAAAAGAAUUUUAAUAGCCAUUUAGCAUGAUGAACAGCAUUUCUAAAUAGAUGGAUAGGAUGUUUUCUGAUUUUAGUGACCUUCAUCAUAGUACUAUGCAGAAUAGAGAUAAAGGCGGGUUUACCUCAGUGCAGAGAGUUUUUGCUAUGGAAAAGAAGAUUGGACCUGAUAAUAAGCCUUACUAACAGAAAUAUUUUUCUAACAAUGUAGUCUAGAAAGAUUAAUCAGGAAACACUAUUUCAGAGAGAUAACAGGCAUAUAAAAACACUUAUGAGAAAAGGGAUGCAAUUGCAUAAGAAAGGAUGUUAAAUAAUUAAGGAAGAAAGUUCGUUUAAGAAAGAGUGAAUGGACAAAUCAGUUCAACCAACCAUUAUUAUAACAUGGAUGAAAAUUAAACUGAUGAUUUCGAUAGUAUGUGGAAUAAUUUCAAUUAAAAGAUGGGAUUCCAUAAAAAUCAUUUUAAAUAGUUGGGAUUUGGAGGAGGUUUUACAAAUUAAAACAGGCUGAGAAACGAUGAAGAUAAUUAUAAUGAUUCAGCAAGUAACUGGAGUGCUCCUAGUAAUUAAGAAAAUUUCACUAGAAAGGGUUAUCAACACAAUUAAAGAUAAAAUAAGAAGAAUUACAAAGAAUAUAAUUUUAAAGAUGAUUAAAGACGUGGUGAUUACCUUCCAAUUCAUGCUCGAAACGAGGAUUAACCAGUGCGUCUCAACAAUAACUUCAAUGGAUAUGGAAGAAGAGAGACUGAUCUAUAGCCAACGUAACCAAAUUAAAAUAGACCAUCAGUAGCAGCACUUCCAUAAAGUUAAGCACAAAUACCUUCUAACAAUAAUAGCAUUGCUGACUCAAGGCCUAACUAAAGAAACAGCAUUUAAAAUUCUAAUAUAAAUAGACCUCCAGUUACUGUUCCUGCAAGAUAAAAUAAUCAGAUACCUAUUAGAAACGGUGUUGAAUCUGGAGUUUUUGUGAAUAGAAAUAACCCAAAAGGUGCCUUGCCUAAGGCAGGAUGA